AUGAUUGAUAUUCUCAUGCCGCAGUUGCGAAACGAUGCUGCAUUCACGCAUCUUUUGCCGUUUUUCGCUGCGAAUUUGUUGCCGCAAAUCAUCAAGGCGCAAACUGCACGUACCCAUUUCUUCAAAUUCGCUGGUGCUAGUGUAUGGCUCGAAGCUUAUGGCGUCCACUUGAUGGUGAGCCGGGUAAUGUUCCUGCGUCUAGGUAGGAAAUGGGAACUGCCAAUCUCGCUUCUUUACGCGCAAAUCUACGACGCCAAUUGGGAAGAGAUUACCAAUAUCGAGCUAGCCGUGAACACCAUGGGCCCCGCGGGCGAGAGAAGCUGGAGGAAUUUGAAAUUCCCGCAGUUUCUACCCGUGCCAUUUUACCACAAUAGCUUGUUCUUGAAACAGCGGUGGUACGGUCCCGAGGAUCCGAGGAUGAUUCUCGUUCGAAACGAGAUGGGGCAAGAUGAACCGUUGAUUGUGUCUAAUGCCGACCACAGAAACAUCAAGGACUUUGUUGAGCGUAAAGGUAACAUUGAGAGCGGGGGCAGAGUUGUAGGCGGCGACUUGGAAAAUGAAGAUUAG